AUGUUACCAGACUCACUCAGACAUGUUAUAUUUGAUCAUGACUUCAAUACUACUUUGGUCAAGGGUGCUCUUCCUAAUGGGGUCACUCACAUCACCUUUGGCGACGACUUUAACAUUGAUAUUAGACAUUGCGUACUACCAGAUACGGUAACAUCGAUUGAGUUUGGCCGUAUUUGGAACUUCCCCAUUGAUGUCUGCUCAUUCUCUGGUGGCCGCCUCACUCAUCUCAUUCUCAAGACAUUCAAUCAUCCUUUGCCACCCAAUGCAUUGCCAUCGACCCUCCUCUACCUCGAUCUCGGCGCCAAGUUCAAUCACCCAGUGGAUAACUUCCGCCUGCCCGACUCACUCCAAUCUCUAUUCUUGCGCGACAACUUUAGUCAACAUAUUAUGUCCAGUCUUCCAUCAUCCUUGACCUCACUCACAAUUGGAUCAUUCUAUCUGUUGCCCACCGUACCCUUGCCAUCAAACCUCACUCACCUCACAAUGACAGACAAGUUCAAUGACCCACUACAACCCAGCGACAUACCUCUCACAAUCACAACACUCACCUUCGGCAAGGCAUUCAACAAAAAGAUACAUAUGACAAUCAAGACCAAGCCAACAAAGGGCCACAGUUUCCUGCCCAAAGCCUUUCACUCACCAAGCACGCAGUCGGUAGUGUCGUGCAUACCCUCGUCAGUCACCAGUUUAACUUUUGGACCAAAGUACAACCAGCCAAUACCUCCCGGUGCCAUCCCUCCCAGUGUCACAUCAAUCACAUUUGGCACACAGUUUGAGCAGAAGCUUGGCGAUCGCUGUAUCCCCAAAACAGUACAACAUAUUGGAUUUGGAUCACAGGUCAAUGGCAAUCAGUACAUCUCAAUACCCGAGUCUGUCACGCAGAUCUCCUUCCAACAAGGUCUGGUCUCCAGCAAAUACUUCCUCAACCUAUGCAAUGUCUCUCGAUACCAACUUAAAUUGAUGGAGCGAAUGUACACGUUGCUUAGGGUGCGCCAGAAUCCCUCAAUAUAUCUGGCGCUCAAUACCAUAUCAUUGACUGAUUGA